CGUGCGUGGAGUAAUACCUACAUACAGUCAAUGGAACAAGAAGAGUGCAUGAUCUAUGCAUCAUUCAGGCUUACAUGGAGGAUUAAUUGCCAAAUUGCCACAAAUGUGCCUUGACUAAACAAAAGCCGACAAACAAUCCACAAGUAAAACUGGAACUUCCACGGCAAGAAGAAAUUAAUUGUUCUGUGAGCAAUAAAAAAUAAAACCACUUAUCCUCAGCCAUGGAUGUUCAAUUAUUGGACGUGCUAUCCAAGGCAAAUUGUCUCGAGUAUUAUCAGCAUUUUGCAGCCUUAACAAAGGACGAGUUGACAGAUAUGGGAGGCAAUGACCUGAAAAUGAAAUUGGCCAACAUUUUGCAACCAGUCAUAACUAAUCCAAGGCAAAUCUGCGAGAAAAUUAUGGCUGAAAUUUUGAGAUAUGACCCUAAUGAUGAUAAUGAUGAAACUUUCCCAGUAGUGGUGCGUUUGGAUCUUGAAAUCUUGCGAGUUUUGUCAAAAUGCAAUUCUCUCAAAAAUUAUACAUACUUUGUUGGACAUACUAAAGAGGAUUUAACUAAGGUGCCAAUCAAACAAUUAAACCCAAAAUUGCGACACAUUCUUCCAGUAGAACCCGAUAGGGAAAACUUUAUCCAAAAUCUGUUGAUUGAGUUGUUUAAAAAUGACGAUGCUGUGGAAGAGGAGCAACACCAGCAAGUAGAUUCAACUGAUAGUCAAGAAAAUCCGGAAGCAGGAUUAUUACAAGUAAAAGUUGAAAAGCAUAUUGAGGACACAGAAGAAGGUUCCCGUGCUCAUAUCGGUGAUGACGACGACGACGUAGCCAUUGUAAGCGUCAAGCUUUCUUCAGACAAGAGAGACAUUCCCACAGUUUCUCUAGUCGAUGAUGGUGUCAGUGCUCAGGAAACAGACGAAUCUGAGAUAAAUAUGGAAGCCGAUAUUUCAAUUUCACCUCAACAGCAUAGUUCAUCUUCACCAAAUGACACCCUUGAAGGAGAAUCACACAAUGUGACUCCAGUGACGACGAAGUCUUUGAAAAGAAAGAAAACGCCAACAGAGACAUCAGCAUCCACCUCACGACGUCGUACCCCGCGUGUUCUCAAAACUCGCCAAAAAAUUGACAUGGGACCGGUUCCUCUUAGACCGUCAGAGACCUCAAUUGAACUUCUCGGCAAAAAGAACGCUCCACAUCAUGUUGAAUUGGGUAGGGAUUACAAAAGACAAUAUUUGUGGAGGAAGUGGAAUGAACUUUUCUCGCAGGUCGGUAGCAAUAUUAACCGGUUAGAUUGUAUCAAUUGGACAUGGAAAUCAGUUCAAGCGAAGUGUCCCCUCAAUUUGGUCUACAUAUUGAGCAAAGUAUGCCCCCAACUGAAGCAAUUGUCUAUUUUAUCGGAGUGUAAUACCAAACCAGAAGUUUUGGUUUUUCCACGGCUUAAUUUGGACAAACUGACCCAUUUGAAGAUUGAUCACAACGGUCUUCUCAAAUAUCACGACCAACUCGCUGAGAUUAUCAUAGCGACAAAUGGAAAUUUGGAAAGUAUUGAAUUUGCAUACCAGGAUGAAGUCGCUCUCAAUCGAUUUCUAAACAUCCUCGAAGCCAUGGAGCCCAACGUUUUGGCCAAACUUAAAUAUCUGUCGAUUCAGCAUCGUGAUGGAGAGCAUGUCGCCUUGUUGGACACAGAGGUUACAACAUUGGGAAAUAUUAAAGCAGCCAAAUUAGAAGAAUUAGACUUGGGAUUUGGAUUUUGGGGGGACACUAAAGCUGAGCUGGAGGCAUUGUUGAAUAAUUUUUGCACUCUCAAAAAACUGAAAGUUCACGGAUCCUUUAUCACGACGGACAAAGAGGAGCCCAAGCUAUUUAUUAAUUUCCCACGGAUGCCACACCUCGAAAUUUUAGACCUGGGGGGAAACUAUGAGUUCGUGUCAGUUAUCGAGUCAAUCAAUGAACGCCCAGCAAAACGAAAGUCGAAGAAGACGAGCAAUAUUAAUUUUGAGCAAGGAAGGAAUCCACCGACACCAGCGAAAUCAUUAGCAUCACAGGAGGAGGACCAAGAAGAGGACAUUCUUGGCCAGUAUUUCAGUGUUACCCUCAACCUACCAGAACUACCCAAGCUAAAAUCGCUCAUCCUGGGAUCAUGCUAUGAUCUGAGUGACCAUCAUUUUGCCGAUCCUGGAAGUAUUUCGCGUCGCAAGUCCAUGGCAUCUGAUUGUCAGUUUCCCAUUUGCUGAAUCUAGACACAAUACAUAUCCAAAUUUGAAGGAGCUCCAACUUCCCGACUUCUUUCAGGAUUUUUCCUUCAUUCCGCAAAUCGCUAGAUAUUUUCCCUCCAUCGAGAAAUGUUACAUCAAUCUCCCCACCGUCAAAGUAAUUCGAGCCUUCGCCAAGGUGAUGAGUGGCGUGGAAUCGUUUAAACAUUUCGAGUUGAAAACAAGAUUCGAUUUUGCAUCAUCAUUAAAUUCCUGCUUCUUGAAAAAUCCAUGGCUCGAACCUCAAUCUCCAUUAGAAAUGCGUCAGGUUCAGAUUUUGAAGGAGUACACCUUUUGGAAGGAAUAAGCCCAACUGAACAACAUUGAUGUGCCAGAGUACUUUGACACUCAAGAGGAAGAUGAAGCAACUUUCGCAGGUUUACAUGAAUUUAGAGACAAAUUAGAGACGUUUAAUAUCACCCACGUUGCAAGAAAGCUGAGACUACCUGCUGGUUCUUGUCAGUGGAAUGAUGAUAACUGCGAAUUUACCACGACAUUAAUUGGAUACGGAGAAAAUGAGUAUCCAUUUACGCAAUAUGCAUUUGAAAACAUGCCGGAAAAUGGUACUUUUAAAUCAUUUGAUAUGAGCAGCAUUACUAGCAAGAAGUUGGACAAAUUCAGGUUUAAGAAACCCAAGUUUAGUUGUCAAUUGGACGACUCCAUAAUAUCGGUUGAAAGCAAGAAAGAGGAAGCCGAAGUUUCUUCGACUUCAUUGCCUUCAAUUUCUGCAAUUUAGCUAAUUUCAGCUUUAAUUCUUCAAGGAACACCCGAUGAUAUAAAACUGUCACAUUUUUGACUAUAUGGCACAAUUUGUAUGGAUAAAUGGCUUUUCUAGGGGAGUUGUCCAAGUUCACAAUAUUAGCUUUAUUGAACAAUUUUGUACAGGGGUGGGACAGAAGAAGGAGCCACUAGAAUUUUAGGGGUGGCGUGUGAUGCACAGUCGCGGCAUUUUCAAAAUUUGCAUAUGUCAUACCCAGAUAGUUAACGAAAAUUUAGCACUAUUCAGAUUUUCCCUACGGUUAAAAAUGCCCCUACAGCACCCCCCAGAGUGCGAGGCACGCAUAAAAGUGUUUUCCAAAGACAUAUUGAGCCAGAGAGCGAUUGUUAGAAAAUUUGCUGCAAAUGGAUUUAUCGUCGAUCGAAAGUACGUUUCUAAUGUACUUAAAAACGUUGGAAUCAAGCGAAGGGAAAAAGCGGUUAGAGCUCCACCCCCACGGAAAGGAUACCCAAGAUCCGCUUGAACCAAAAAGUUUAUCCGGAAAAUCAAUUUUUCGCCAAAACGGUAAAUCCAUCAACUAAAAGUUGCAUGGCGAAAAUGUUAAACGUUAGUAGGAGAACAUUUCUAGAGUCAUUCACAAUGACCUACAGCAAGUGACUCGUAGGAAAUCCCGAGAUCAUGCUCUCAACCCAACUUAUUUCUCACAAAAUAGCAGCCUACGCGAAGGAUUUUUAAAAAAGUUUGGGUAUAACAAUUAUUCCUACUAUAUAAACUCUCGUUAGUUCCUCUGAUAUCAAUCCGAUGUUUUUUUUUGGAUUCGGGUACUUAAAACGGAGCCUUCUUGAAAGGAAAACGCGCACGUUUUGAUGCACUUUGGAAAAGUGUUCAGGACGAGUGGUGCAGAAUCACUCUGAAAAUUGUGUCAAAGGUCAUGACUGGUUGGAAAAAGCGACUGAGGCUCGUUAGAUAAACUAAAGGGCUUCACACUGAACCAA